AUGGUUCAACUUCGUUGUUUCGAUGAGCUCGACAUCACCGAGGGUACUGUACAACUUCACGACGAGGCCGAUGGAGGCCGUCUGAUCUUGCACCCGACACCAAACCCAAACGACCCGAACGAUCCACUCCGCUGGCCUCGCUGGAAGAAGCACACUUGCUUUACCGCUGUGUGUGCAUUCACGUGGGUAGCCAGGUCUAUCUCAUACUGUCAACACGUCGCUGACCCCUUCAUAAGCUUCUUAACCAACUACGCUAUCGGAGGUCUGAGUCCAGCCUUCUACGAACUGUCGAUCCAGUUCGGAAAGACACAGACAGAAACUACUGCUCUCUUGCUUUGGCCGAUUCUGGUUCUUGGUGUAUUCAACUUCUUAUGGGUGCCACUUGCCAACUAUUUUGGCAAGCGACCUGUUUUUGUCUUUGCAUCGCUACUGCUAUGCGUAUGCUAUCUCUGGGGAUCUUCAACAGAGGCACUUGGUGCAGCCAUCGUGAAUGACCUUUACUUCCUCCAUGAACGUGGUAAUUAUCUCGGCCUCUACAUGAACGCCAUCAGUGGCGGUAACACCAUUGGACCACUGAUCUGUGGCUUUGUCAUCACCAGCCUAUCGUGGCGCUGGCAUAAGUGGAUGGCGUUCAUCUUCACCGCAGUGAACUGGAUCGUUGUACUAUUGUUUGUCCCAGAGACUCGAUACGACAGAUCCUACCUCGAGACUGCUCCACCGGCAAGCUCAAGCAGCGAUUCAGUGCACGCCGCAUCAACAGACGAGGAAAAUGCCAUGGGUGCUCCUGCCGAGAAGGUGGUCAGCAGUAAACCAGAGGACAUGUCCGCUCACCCUGCCUACCAACCGGACCAGAUCCCGAAGAAGACUUGGCGGCAAGAAUUAAGCCUGUGGUCUGGCGUGCCGAAAGACACGAACCUCUUGACGAUGUUCAUUAGGCCCUUCCCGCUGAUCGCCUACCCACCCAUCAUCUUUGCUUUUCUGGCGUAUGCUGUGUCACUCGCGUGGGUCGUGGCCAUCAACAUUCUCAAUUCCUUCGUGUUGCAAACCCCUCCUUACUCAUGGAAGCCCAGCAUCAACGGCCUGAUCAAUAUUCCUGGUCUGAUUGGCAACAUAAUCGGUGCAUUUUUGGGCGGCUGGUUGGUCGACAGAUACUCCGAUUGGCGUAGCAAGAAGCACAAUGGUGUCUUCCAGCCCGAGACUCGCUUGCAUCUGCUCUGGAUUCCUGGUUUCAUAGUGCCCGCCGGCUGCCUGGUCUUCGGUUAUGGUGUGCAGGACACUUUGAACUGGACAUCGCUAUUCUUCGGAUACGGGAUGGUUGCCAUCGGUCUGACAUCGGUACCAGUGGCAACAAUGACCUACGUAUCGGACUGCUAUCUGCCUGUCAACGCCGACGCUCUCUUGCUCGUCAAUGGCUUGAAAAAUAUCGUAGCAUUUGGUUUUUUGCAGGGUGUUGUCCCGUGGGUCACAACUGCUGGUUAUGUGAGCACAUUUGGAACACAAGCUGGUGUAUACGUUGUGAUACUACUAUUGGCUGCGCCGUUGGUGUUGUUUGGUCAGCAAAUCAGACACCGUGUGGCAAGAUGGAAGCUCAUAUUAUGA